AGAAGAUCGAGGGCUUGACCUCUCUCCGUGUGAUGGCUCAGAACCACAUGGACAUACUGAUGCCUAAACUCCAUGAUAUCUGCCUUGCCAUUAUACAUGAGGUGAAGAACCUGCGCUCUGCAGUGUCCUGUGCUGCCAUGGCCACACUGGGUGACAUGUACGUACACCUCCAGAGGGCCAUGGACAGUGAGGUGGAGGGGACGGCACGCGUGCUGCUCCACAAAGCCAGCGAGGCCAACACCUUCAUCCGGCACGGCGCCAACUUUGCCCUGGGUCACAUGGUGCAGAGCUGCACCCCUACCCGUGUCAUGAAUGCCCUGCUGGUCGGUGGGCUGAGCCACCGUAACGCUGCUGUGAGGAGCUGCACUGCUCAGCACCUGGAGAGACUGGCUGAGGUCAUGGGGACGACUCGUCUCCUGUCGGGGAAGAAAGGCCUCACUGACCGUUUCUUGAUUGCCGUCAGUAAAUUGGCUGUGGACCCUGCACAGGAAGUCAGGCAUCAUGGUCGCAAUAUCUUGAGAAACGUGGCCACCAAUAGCGACUUUGCUAAAAUGUGGGACAAAUUCGCUCUAAGGAAAGAGAGAGAAUCCUUGAGGGAGGUCAUCUCAAAGGUUAACCUCAAAGAAAGGAAUAUCUGAAUAUUUCCCAACUUGACUAUUAUCCCCCCCAGUCCCCAAACUCCAAUAUUUUAGUUCAUUCUAAGAAAUUUGACACUAUCAUUCAAACCGCCAUGUAAAUGUAUCUUUAAACUGCAUUGACUCCUUGUCCAAGUCCUGAAUCCACUAUAAGGCCAUAUGAACCACAUUCAAAGCACGAAAUUACCUUUCCUCGAAGCUCCUAUC